GAUUAAGAGGGUCUCAGCGUAGUCAGUGCUGGUCUAUGGUUACCAACUUAAUUAACACCAUAAUUUUACUGGAUUUUAUUUAAAUUAACUACAACUGAAAAAAAAUUUGAGGAUCUACCCUUUGAAGCUGAGGGAGCGAUGAGGUCAUGAGGACGAAGAGGAAAUUGAGGUUGGGUAAUAGAGGAAAUGAGAAAAGUACCAACCACAUUUAAACACAAACAGUGGGAGGGGCAAGCUUUCUUCCAAAGUGGUGCUGAGUAGCCAGGAGCCCCACAAAAACAGUGAGUAUGGCUUUUCUCUCUCUUUCCCUCUCCUUGCAGCUACUCUUCAUUUGUUCCUUUGCGCUUCUUGCCGUGGCUCAAUGCAAUAAGGAUGCCGUCAUAUUUGUGUUCGGCGAUUCUAACUCCGACACGGGAGGACUCGCUUCCGGACUCGGUUUCCCCAUCAAUCUUCCUAAUGGCCGCACUUUCUUCCACAGAUCCACCGGUCGCUUGUCCGAUGGACGCCUCAUCAUCGAUUUUCUCUGCCAGAGUUUGAAUGCAAGUCUUUUGACUCCAUACCUGGACGCCUUGUCAGGAUCUACGUUCUCAAAUGGAGCAAAUUUUGCAGUGGUUGGGUCCUCUACCCUUCCAGAAUUUGUUCCAUUCGCUUUGAACAUCCAGAUCAUGCAGUUCCUCCAUUUCAAGGCUCGUACCCUCGAACUUGUAGCUUCCGGUGCUAGAAAUCAUAUCAACGAUGCCGGGUUUCGAAAUGCACUCUACAUGAUUGAUAUUGGACAGAAUGACAUUGGCGAUUCCUUUUCCAAGAACCUUUCUUAUGCGCAAGUCGUUAAGAGAAUCCCGGCGGUUGUUGCAGAAAUUGAGAGUGGUAUUAAGAGUUUGUACAAUGAAGGUGCCAGGAAGUUCUGGGUUCACAACACCGGACCAUUGGGCUGUCUUCCUAAAUUAAUCUCAUUGGCUCAAACGAAGGUUGUGGAUUCACUUGGAUGCCUUUCCCAUUACAAUAGUGCUGCAAGAUUGUUCAAUGAGGCGCUGCUUCAUCUGCUUCAGAAGCUAAGAACUGAACUGAAAGAUGCUACUUUAGUUCAUGUGGAUAUUUAUAGCAUCAAGCAUGACCUCAUUGCAAAUGCCGCCAAAUAUGGUUUCUCAAAUCCAUUGAUGGCGUGCUGUGGAUUCGGAGGUCCCCCAUAUAAUUUCGAUAACAGAGUGACAUGCGGUCAACCUGGUUAUCAGGUUUGCGGGGAAGGAACUCGGUAUGUGAAUUGGGACGGAAUUCAUUUCACUGAGGCUGCAAAUUCAAUGGUGGCUUCUAAGAUACUUUCUAUGGCUUAUUCCACACCUCGCAUACCUUUCGAUUUCUUCUGCCGCAAUUGAUACAUCUAGACUCCCUUCAUUUUGAUUCGAUCCCUCCGUCUGUCUGAAGCGUCAAUUGAUAUCCCCACGGUUCCAAGAGGAACUUGGAGACGAUCAAGAUCAGUGUCCAACCAUCCAAUUGAUAACUUUUCUUUCUUGAUUUUACGCAAGUAUUAAAUUAAAAUGUAUUAGUUUGGGACAUCUUCAUUUUGUUAUCUCUCUGUUAAUUCAAUUCCAAGUGUCU